CACUGGUAUAGGACAUCUUAAUUAGUAAUCAAUGUGGGAGAACCCAGGUGUGACCACCCCUGGGCUGGUGUUUCUGGUUCUAUAAGAAAGCAGACCGACCUUUUUCCUCUUUGGGUGUCUGAAGACAAGAUGGGUCACCAGCAGCUCUACUGGAGUCACCCAUGGAGGUUUGGCUCUUGCCAUGUGUGCUCUAACCGCCACGGUCUGAUCUGCAAAUAUGGGCUGAAUAUGUGUCGUCAGUGCUUCUGUCAGUACGUGAAGGACACAGGCUUCAUUAAGUUGGACUAAGCGACCUUGAAUGGAUUAUUCGAUUGUCUACUAAGUGGAACCAAUCAUGCUAGUUUUUGUGCACAAAGAAUAAAA